AUGCCUCCGAAAGGCUCUCGCGCUAAGGCGGUGGUUGACGCUCCUGCUGGUGGUGGUGAUCCUGCAAGCAAGUCGACACCAGGCAAGGGAACGGAGGUUGUUGAUAAUCUUCCGGCUGAAGCGGAGGUGACGGCAGGUGUUUCUGGUCUCACCAUUGAAGAAAAGCUGCAUGCGCUGGCGGCUACGGUUGUUUCGGAUGACACGUUUCUUGAGGAUGAUUCAGACGAGGAACUUGAGAUUGACACGACCAAGAGUACUCACCCGCAUUUGCGCUUCACGGCGAUUUUGCUAUUUCCGGUUAUACCUUCUCGCGAGGUUGCUUCGGUGAUUCUGACCGUGAGGAUGCUGAUGAAGCGUGUCUGGUCUAACCUGCUCACUGAUGACGUCCUCGCCUCGGUGAAGUUCCAGGAGCUGACCCCCGCGUGGGUCGCGAAGGCCCGCUAUAGCCGGCUUCAGGUCUCCUUCCUGCAUGAGUCUGACGCGGUGAAAAUCAAGCAAACGGCGGUGGAACACAAGCGUCAGAAUGGAUUGACACUUCACUGUUUCUGGCUGCACCAGGAGGACGCCGCUUACCUUCGCACGAAGGCUUCGGGCCCGCAGCUGCUGGAGGUCUACUUUAAGGACGUUCCCGCGGAUAUCCCGCCGAGGUCAUGGUCACUCACCCGCUCAGGAUGCGGAAGCAGUCUGCUUUUGCUGAAGGCCACUGCUUCCACCGUGCCCUUCACCCCGUCACCGGCGCUGACACUGAUCGGAUCAAGGGGCUGGUGGUUCAGCACGCUGGCGACAAGCAUCGCUGGCGUCAUGAAUUUCGCCAUCAGCUGCUGGGAGGGACGGCACUCUUUCGUGCUGAUCUCCACUGGGAGCAAUCGGGAGGAAUGGCUGUGUACUCUCGAGAGCUGCGGAAAGACCCAUGGCAAGUCCUUCAUGGCUGCAGCGGAUCACAUCACGUCGGCAAGCCAUCUGCUGGGAUUGGAGAAGUUGGGUGCGGCCACUCGCAGCUCCCUGGAGAAGCUUGGUCUGCACGUCAUCCGAAAGGAGUACCAGAUCUGA